AUGAAAUUGUCUUGGUUGAAUAAACUUAAAACAUUUCCAUCUGUUGUAAUUUGGAUUUACGAUAUUUCAGAAUCUGAAAAACUUAAUAGCCUAUUGGACAACUAUAAUUCUUUAAAACAGACACUCUUAUUGGCUAAGAAGUUUCAACCCAAAAUCAUAAUCAUACUUACGGGUAGAAAUGUGGGAGGCUUUGAUUUCAAUUAUUUAAAAAAGGAAAUAGAUUUAAGAAAAGUGUUUGCAGUAGAAUUUGAGAACAUUGGCCAAUAAUUAAAAAGAUUAAAAAAAAUGAUUGUCGAGGACUCACAAAAUUUUUAUUUGGAACUCUUCAACAGAUAUAAAGCAGAUGCUAGUAAUUUAUAGAAGCAAGAAAUGAGCGAUUAAAAGUUGAUUCUUGAAAUCAAGAAAACUUUGAUUAGCGAAAUUGAGAAUAAUAGUAAGAAAACAAAUAAGCAUCUGUAACAAUCAUAUGAGAUUGUCACUUAACUCGCUUCAAAAAGAAGAGAAUUAUUAACUUUCACUGACGAAAACUCUUUCUAUUUGUCAUAUGAACUGCUACUAUAGGCAGAAGAAUACAGAGAAAUUGCUGAUCAGUUGAGAUUCAAGUUAUUUAGAAACCUAGAAUACUAAGAUGUCAUUUAAUAAUUUGAAAUUCAUUUUAAGACUUUUAAAAAUAUUAUCUAAUGCAAUUUAUUUGAUAUUCAAGAAUAUUUGUGGAGAGUAAAGAUCUUUACAUCAAUUAUUAGAUUUUUAGAAUCAAAGAUUUUAACUGUUAAUUAUAACGUAGUCUAUAACUACUGUUAAACAACUCUCUUGUCAUAUAUAAAAUUACAAAACCUGGGAGAGCAGCAAACAAAUGCAUAGAUGGAAUAAUAUGGUUGUUAAAUAUAUAAAUCAGAACCUGAGUUUUUAGGGAGACCCAAUUACGUGAUCAGAGAAAAUGAUCAGAUUAUUGAGAUAAAGAGUGAAAAAAAGAGAUUUUAUUAUUAAUAGAUAAUGAAUUUUAGACAAAAGGAGAUAGAAUUAGCUCCAGAUGUUUCAUUUAUUUUUGAAAUCUGGAAAUAAUACAAUGAUAAUGGUUAGGUUACUUAUUAAUAUACAAAUGUUUAUUUUAAAUAUUUGCAAAUCUUGAUUCAUAAAAACUUUGAUUUGAAAUAACAAAUCCAAGACAAUUUGAUUUAAUUUGGAUUGAUAGAAGAAUAUAAAAAUUUAAUUUAUCUUUAAUAUCAAACAGCUCCACUUAUUAAAUAGAUUCAAUUGUUAAGUGAAAUAUUGCUUUAUGAGCAAAGCAAAAUCAUAGAUAUUAAAAAAUUAGCCUCAUAAUUAAAUGAAAAAUUAGACAUAGUUGUGCCAGCAAAUUCAUUCAUAUCUAUUUCUAAAUUAGAAUCAGAUGAAUCCUUUGUCUAGUUAAAAAUAGAAAUGAAUAUCAACUAGUAAAUUUUGGAUUUGAUUGAGACCGGAAUUAUUUACUGUAGGAAUUAUGAAAUCGAAUUUAUUGCUACCCAAAAUUCAGUGUUAUAAACUGAUAAAGUAAUUGAAAAGCCUGUUUAGAUUAAACUAUUUGGAAAAUAUUUGGAUAAAUUAUCUGUCACAAUCAUUUGUUAAGAUGUUGAUUUAUUUUCAAACAAAUACAAAGUUAGUUAUUUAUCUUAAAAAUAAAGAGAUCCUCCCAUCAUCAAUUUUUCUUCUGAUAUCGCUUAUAUAAAUGAAAUUAAUGAAAUACAAGUUGAAUUAAGUUAUUCGACUGAAGUCGAGCUUAUAAACUUUAAUUUAAACAAAAAUACUUUAUAGAAAUUUAAAGAAACUGAUAAUAAGAUAAUAAAAACAAACAAAUUUACAAUUUUAAUUUCAGAAACCUAAAUUCAGGAAAAGAAUAUUAGUUUUAGAAUAUUAGGGGAUAUUAUUACCAAGAAAAUUAAAUUUAUGUUUCCUUUUACAUACAAAAUUAAACUUAAACAACUGAGUAGUGUCUAUUAAAAUGCAUAAAAUCGAAACAAGAAUUCAGUCAGCUCUUUUAGUCGAUGCAGUUUAUAAUUGGAAAUUUAUGAUUUAGUUCCUGAAGAAACUGAAUUUGUCCCAGUAGUUGAUUUAGAUUUCUAUAAUAAAAAUAAGUUUAAUGUGAUAUUCUAAACAAGAGAGCAAACAAGUUAUUUAUAAUUUGGAUAUUUCAGAGUUAAAUAUUAAAGAAAUUCUCAUAGAUAUGAGAUUAAUGUUUAUGUUAAUGACGUGAUUGUGUAAUCUUAUUUGCAAAAUGUGGAAAUCUUAUCACCACCUACUUGCAAAACUCAGCAAACUUUUGAGAUUUAAGUUAAAUUGAAGACUUCGGAAGCAUAGAAUUUCUUCAUUUAAUUAAAGGACCAAGAAAAAAAACAAUUUUUUGUUAUGGGAAAAGUAAAGUAGAUGAUUUGGGUAAAUGAUGAGGUCAUUUUAUCAUAUCUAUUAUUCCCUAUAGACAUCGGUAAGUGUAAUUUACCAGGAAUAUAAAUUGAAAUUAGAUAACCUAAUAAUCCUAUUCAAUUAGUAUUUGACUCAUCAGGAAUGAAAUCUAUAUUAAUAUUACCUUGA